AUGGCGGAUGCCUUAUCUAAACUCGCCAACAGUAAGGGGAAGGAUCACUUGUCGUCGGUCAUUAGGCAAGGUAUGAUGAACCCUUCGGAGAGUGGAUUGUACGUUCGGGUGGCUGAUGCAAAAAAGGUCGCUCGGUAUUUGCUGAUAGGAGAGGAUUUGUAUAAGAGAGGCUUAUCUUCACCUUUAUUGAAAUGUAUAUCUUUGGAGGAAGCCGAGUAUGUGAUGAGGGAGCUGCACGAGGGGGUAUGUGGAAUGCAUACCGGGCAGCGAGCGCUACGUGCCAGGGUGAUCCGAGCGGGAUAUUUCUGGCCGACGGUAGAGACAGAUAGCAAAGAGUUUGUGAAGAAGUGCUUGAAGUGUCAGGAGCAUGGAAGGAACUUCCAUAUCCCACCGGUGGAGUUGCAUAGUUUAAUGUCUCCUUGGCCGUUCGCGCAAUGA